AUGCCCACUCGGAAUAAGAUCCUCCGGGCCGCCUGGAAGGGGCUGAACCAGAGCCAGGCCCAGCCGUGGAAGGAAGCCCUGAGGCUCCUCAUCCUGAAGUGGAUCUACAUCGUGACCGGCCGGCCUAGGAAGGCCCGGUUUACCGUCUACAAGAGGCGGCGCGCUCAGUUGUGUUUCGAGUCCUGCUGCCCCUGCUGCCCCGAGUUGGACUGCUGGAAGCGGGCGGACGAGUUGCUGGGGACGGAGACCAGGCCUCGGCCUACUCAGCAGGCCCGGAUCACCGAGGACAAUGUGGCCAAGGAGUGCCUGAGGAGCACCGGCGGCCUGCUCUUCGGCCUGACCUUCACCAGCGUCUUCGGCCUCUUUGUCCUCUUCAUCCAGGAGUAUAACCUUUGGUAUUGCCUGGUCAGCACCAUCACCGUCGCCGUCCUCCUGGGAUUGGGCAUGGGCCUGUCGGCCAAGAUCCGUGUCAAUGUUCUGCUCAUGGUACCCCACAUCUUCACCAAACAAGGCAAGUCCUUCCUCUUGGCGCUGGCCUUCGGCCUGACUCUGGAAGGGCCUCUUCAGAACGUCAUCGUCAACUUCACCCGAGGUUCGGAGUCCAUCGCUUGUGGGGCAGAGCUGGCGCUGAACCAGACCAGGGACCUGCUCGAGAAGGCCAAGGAGCCACUGGUCGCCGCCCUCGAUAACAUCAAGACCAUCGCCCGCAAAGCCAAGGGAGUCGGGGACCGCGUCAGGAAGUUCUUCGUUUCCAUGAAGAAUUCUAUUCGGCACAUUGUGAGGAGCUUGCGGAACAUCCUGCACUGGAUCUCCCAGAUCGGCGUCAUGUGUAACAAGGAGCUGGGGGAGCCCUACAAGAAAUGCAUCAAAGUCUUCGACGAUGCCAUCAACCACUGCCUGUCCCUCCUCAGCAUCUUCGGUUUCCUCUGCUACAUCGUCAACGUCGUCAAGCCCCUCUGCGGGUUAGCCACCGUCAUCCAGCUGUUCUGCCUCAUCCCGUCGUACAUCAAGGAGCAACUAACCAAGCGGGUGGCAGAACCCAUCUCGGACGCCCUGGACAAGGUGGCACAGGAAUUUAAGUUCAACAUUUCCAUCCAGUACCACUACCACCUCCACGCCAACCAGUCAAAGAGUUUCUCCGACAUUGCCCUGGACAUCAUGGAGGAGAUCCGAGGGCGGGUUGGCGUCGUCUAUGAAGCCAUUGGCAUUUUCGGCUACAGUUCCACCAUCAUCAUGAUCUACCUGUACAUUCAGGCAUUGGUAUAUCGGAAAAACUACCUGUUCCGCGAUGACUAUGAUAAUUGUUACAUCACCAAUCAGUUUGUGGAUAUCGACAUCAUGAGGGCAAAGACUGGGAAAAGUACCAUUCUCCCGCUGCGAUUCCAGGAAGCAUGUAGAUAUAUCCGGCCAUGGUCCUACUACCUGACACUAUCGGAAAAGCAGAAAUACAUUGUGGGAUUCACCACGGUCCUGAGGCAGUCAGUGUCUGUCGUGAUCAUCAUCCUCUUGGACUACACUAUCUUCUGGGUCCUCGAUAUGGUCAGUUACCACCUGCAAGUGGAGAUCGUCGCUAGAUCACCUGUGAUCCUGGGAAUCUCCGUCAAUGGGACUGGAUACGCCUCUGAUAUCUAUCGCAACAUGGUGUCAGCGUUCGAUGUGGUACAGGGCGGAAAUAUCACUGUGGUCUCCAAGAGGUGUGCAAUCAUCCCAUCACCUCCAAACUACAAAAUCUACUCAUUAAUUGGAGUUUUAUAUGGAAUUACUUUCUUCAUUGUUUUAUUUGGAUGUUACAUAUGCAGAUUGCGGAGAUAUAUCUGCUCUGUCUAUUACCCUUCCAGAGAGCGGGAACGAAUCUGCUAUCUCUACAACCAGAUCACCUCCAAACGCACAUCCCUGCUGAAGGCUCUAUUCCAAGCAGUGCAGAAAAAUUCCACCGACGCUGGGCACACUAACGUCCUCCUUGUCCUGGCUGCACGGUAAGGACCAUGCCUCCAGGAUUUCACUGGGACUCACCACCUCCAACUCAGGCCCGCUGUCCCCUCUCUUCAGUACUGGGAUAUCUUCCAAACCAGUGGGACGGUGGCUCAGCCGUACAAAGUCUUCGCUUGGCUCACCGCGUUCAUCGGAGUAUCCCAGAAGUACUGCAUGGCCUGUGGUCGCAUUGCUGAAGAUGAGAGCUCUGAGUACUUUGUUCCCUGUAUCACGCCCGGUUGCAAAGGGUUCUACUGCACUGACUGCUACCAGCACAUGAACAAUAUCUGUUCAAUCUGCAUGGGACCACUGUCAUACCAGGGAGACAUUGAUGAGGAGGUGGACUCCAGCGACUCCGGCAAAGUGCAACUGUGGCUCAACGCCCUGGAAAAGAUGAAGAGCCGACAGGACAAGGCCAAGCGGGAACGGAGGGCGCUGCGGGCUCUCCUGAAGCAGAGGAUCCGGGCCGCACUCUACGAGAACCUGGCCACCACCGGGGAGAAGCAGGCCGCGCUCAGGGCCGCCCUCCUCGGACGGGAGUCCACAGGCCCUUCCAGCGAUGGCCUGGAGUCCGCAGUCCCUGGGCGACGCAGUGACAAAAGGUAA